GUUCUGGGCAGUUCAGGAUUUUGGAAAAGGAGGAGCGCGCACUUUCCCCCUCAUUUCAUUACUACUACGUUAGUCACGUUCACGCUCGCAUCACUUCGUAUCCACAUCAAACUAAACAAUAUUUGACACUUUUGGCUCCUGUGUAGCGAUUCUCUUACUUUGGAUUUUCUGUUGCAUCACCAGCUAUGUUGAUUAUUUUGGCCUUCAUCAUCCUCUUCCACUUCACUUCUGCAAUUUUACUCUUCAUAGCAACCAUCAGAAAUUCAUGGUGGGUUUCGAAUGAGUUUUCCAUAGAUCUCUGGUACAACUGCAACGACACAAAUUGUUAUGACAUACCAAACAGUGCAACCUCUGAUGCAGCCUAUCUUCAGAUUAUCCAGGCCACCAUGAUACUUUCCACUAUCUUGUGCUGUGUGGGGUUCUUUGUCUUCAUCCUUCAACUCUUCCGUCUGAAGCAGGGGGAGAGAUUUGUCUUCUCCGCAAUCAUUCAGCUCCUGUCCUCUUUCUGUGUGAUGACCGCUGCAUCGAUCUACACAGCAGAGCACUUAAAUUUCAAGAGUGGGGAUUUCAAGAAGGGGGACUAUGGGUACGCCUUCAUCCUAGCCUGGGUCGCAUUUCCCAUGACGCUGAUGAGCGGCUUGAUGUAUCUAGUGCUAAGAAAACGCAAAUAAAGAACACUCCACCUCACUAGCUGCCACCAGCUACAGCCCUAGCAAAGAGACUUUAUUUGUAAUAAUACCUGUUUUUUAUAUGUAGAUUAAAGACAAGCCAACUUUAGAGUGAAAAGUAGAUAAACUUUUAAUAUCAAUAAUUGCAUACUGGAAACUUAAUUAUAUUUUCUUCAUUGUAUGCUAUGUAGAUUAUUUUUAACCUUGCUGUGUAUAAUUGUGUUUUACCCACCCCUCUGGCAAGAACAUGUGCUGUGAUUUAGAAAGAUAAAAUAGGGGGUGGAAGAAAGAAAACAACAGUGGGUGGUAUUUGAAAAACGAAAUAUUGGGGGCCUGGGUAGCACAGCAAGUAAAGAUGCUGACUACCACACCUUGAGUUGCAAGUUUGAAUCCAGGGCGUGCUGAGUGACUCCGGUCAGGCUUCCUAAGCAACCAAUUGGCCCGAUUGCUAGGGUGGGUAGAGUCACAUUGGUUUAACCUCCUCGUGGUCACAAUAGUGUGGUUCUCACUCUCGGUGGGGUGUGUGGCAAGUUGUGCAUAGAUGCUGCAAAGAAUAGCGUGAAGCCUCCCCACACUUGGUCGCCCUCUGCCACAUGGAUUGAGGCAAGUCACUACGCCACCAUGAGGACGUACAGAGCACUGGGAAUUGGGCAUUACAAAUUGGAGAGAAAAUCAAAAAACGAAAAUAAUUAUAACAUGGAACCACUAAAGGCUAGAGAGCCUACCUGUCCUUGAGGCCUACAUGUAUUCAUGGGAAUUGCUUAUGUUUAAUACUCAGCAUGUAGAAAAUAACAUACUGAUAUAUUUCCUGGCCAAUAUUGUCAGGAAAUAACCGGAUUGUGCCUAGGAAAAUUAAAUAACCAAAUAUGAAAUUAGAUUGUGCUGCCAAUUUGCUGAGCACUAUAUCAUACUUGAAGCUGAUCAAAUUGUCAAUGUUAGUGGCAUGAUGUGUUCUCAUGUAUAGUUUUUUUAAUAGUCUUUUAGUGUCAAUUAUAAUGCAUGUUUUUAUUUGCAGCAUUUAAUUUGAAAUCAGUAUCUACAACAGUGCAAAAUUGUAGUUCCUUAGGUAUUGUAAUAACUCAAUUUGUUUAAAUAGGGCACUUGGGAUUUAAUUAAGAAGAAUACAAUUAUUUUACAGGGACAGUUCCCCAUAACUUGCAAAUUCUGUGAUCAUUUACUCACCUUUGUGUUGUUCCUAACAUAUAUGACUUUCUUUUCCCCAUGGAACACAAAAGGAGAUUUUGGGCAGUGUGUUUGUCUUAAUCACUUUCACCAUUCAAUUAACGUAAAUGGUGACUGGGGCAGUAAAGUCUUCCUAACAAUUUAUUUUGUGUUCCAUGGAAGAAAGUUAUACAGGUUUAGAACAACAUAAAGGUCAGAAUGAUAACAGAAUUUCAUUUUUAUUGGGGUGACCCAUCCCUUUAAAAUGUUUUAGGUUAAGGAUGGUUUUAUGCCCCCCCUCUCCCGUCUGUCUGAUAAGUAAUCUUUUUAUCAUGUUUCAACACUCACGUAUGGAAAAAAGCUAUUUGCUAAAAUUAAUUUAGGCAAAAGUGAAAUUAAGCUGUAUUUAUUAAGACUAACUGCAUUGUUGCUGUUAAUAUUUUUGUAAUGAAGUAUUAUUUCAACAGGUCUGAGCAUGUUUCUAAAUUGCUCACUUUUAAGAAGGUUUUACUGAAUAUUACUGAAGGCUUUUAAACAAUGGCAGCUUUUUAAAUGUCUGCUGACUUGUUCAGGUCUGCUUUGUUUCCGGAGACUGAUCCCCACCAAGGGUUCGCAUUUU